AUGGAUGAUGAGGACGAGAACGGAGUGGAGGAUGAUGAACCUGUACAGAUGGAAGUUGGCGACCCCUUGGUUAGAACUCCCAUACCUUGGUUCAAUGAGAGGAAUCAAUUCUACACCACAGUGACCUUGAAUGAUAGUGUCCUUCAUCUGCGAUGCAAGAAGAAAUGUGGUUGGAUGAUACGGGGUACUAAAUCCAGUGAGCACUCGCGUGGUUUUACCAUAGUCACGUACAAAGGCCCGCACCGGGAAACAUGUGUCACUGAAGUACUAUCUACUGAUCACCCACACUUGGAUUCAUCCAUAAUAGCAGAGUAUGUGAAGUCCUUUGUGCGGAAAGAUCCUUCCUUGAAAGUUGAAUUCAUACUGGAACUAAUCUCCAAGCAAUUUCAUUUCGAUGUCCCGUAUCGGAGAGCGUGGUAUGCCAAGGAGAAAGCUAUAGCUGAAAUAUUUGGGGAUUGGGAGAGUUCUUACGGCAGACUUCCGCACUUCAUGCAAGCACUCCUACGGUCAAACCCGGGAACAUGUGUCGUAUGGAAACACAAAGCUUUGGUGGACGGUGUGUAUUACAGCAACAUGGAAGUGUUUGAACGAGUGUUUUGGGCCUUCGGUCCUUGUAUCGAUGGCUUUAAACAUUGUAUGCAUGUUAUCUAUAUCGAUGGGACGCACAUGUACGAGAAGUAUAAAGGAACACUGUUGGUAGCUACAAGUGUUGAUGUAAGCUUCCAAGUAUUUCCUCUAGCAUUUGCGGUGGUUGAAGGGGAAAACACUUCCAGUUGGUCUUGGUUCCUGGUUGUAUUCGGGAUCGUGUCAUGCAAUGAAUGUCCUAAUGUUGGAUUCAUCCAGCCGCGAGCCUAUCACAGAUUUUGUGUCCGCCACAUAGCUUCUAACUUGAAGACUCACGUGCGAAGUAACGACAUGAGAGAUAUGUUCAAGGCUGCGGCGUACCAAAGGCAGGAAAGAAAACUUCAAGCUGAUCUGUGUUUCAUUGGUGAGGCAUGUACCAAGGCCAUGGAGUAA